UACCGAAAUGGAAAAGAAGGAACUCCACUUAAAAAAAUAAAUAAAUAAAUAAAACAAAAGACGCACAGCGCCUCCUCUGUCGUACAUACGAUCUUUGCUGGGCUGUGACGCUGCUGUCCGAACAAACAUGGCGAACAUUCGGUGUGUGAAGGGUAUGGUUGGCCUGGUGACGGGCGGUGCGUCCGGGUUGGGUCGGGCCACGGUGGAGCGCCUGGUGCAGAGCGGAGCGUCUGCUGUCAUCGUGGACCUGCCCUCCUCUGAUGGGCAAGCUCUGGCAGCCAGUCUGGGAGACCGCUGUGCCUUCGCUCCUACAGACGUGACUUCAGAGGCCGAUGUUCAGUCCGCUGUGUCCCUGGCCAGAGAGAAGUUUGGGAGGUUGGACCUGGCCGUUAAUUGUGCUGGCAUUGCUGUGGCUGUUAAAACGUAUAACUUAAAGAAGAACAUCGCUCACAGCCUGGAAGACUUCCAGCGUGUUAUCAAUGUGAAUAUUGCUGGAUCUUUUAAUGUGAUCCGUCUGUCCGCGGGUGAGAUGGGGAAGAACGAGCCCGAUGCAGAUGGACACAGAGGCUGCAUCAUUAACACUGCCAGUGUAGCAGCUUUUGAUGGACAGGUCGGACAAGCAGCUUAUUCCGCUUCUAAAGGAGGCAUCGUCGGUAUGACCCUCCCCAUCGCACGGGACCUUGCACCCAUGGGCAUCAGAGUUGUUACCAUAGCACCUGGGCUGUUCUCCACUCCUCUCCUCGCUAGUCUUCCAGAGAAGGUGCGCUCGUUUCUUGCUCGCCAGGUGCCCUUCCCCUCGCGCCUGGGAGACCCCGCUGAGUUUGCCCACUUGGUGACGUCGCUGGUGGAGAACCCCAUGAUUAACGGAGAGGUCAUCAGACUGGACGGAGCCAUUCGCAUGCAGCCCUGAGACGGGUCGUGUGUGUGUGUUUUUGUGUGUAUGUGUGUGUUUGUCUGCCUGGUGUAUUUACAUUCUAGAAAUCUACACGUAGCAGCUAUAAACUGUCAUCAAUCACCAACCACUUUAUGAAAUUAUGUGAGAGUGAAAGACUUUUAAAAUGUUCUCCAUUCAGACCUCUACAAUGUAAUAAACAUCAGAUGAGUUUGAUUAACUA